AGAUCAAUCGGAGGUGAGGUCGUACGGCGGAGAUUCACCGGAAGAGGCAGUGAAAGUAACACGAAGCAUCAUGAUAAUAAAACCACCAGGUUACCAAAGCGGUUCCGCUCCGGUGUCGCCGGCCAGUUCAACUACACCGGAGGAAAGAAACCCUUUCGGUUUAGGAGAAGGUCGGCAUCGGACGUGUUCGAUAAGGCAGCAGGAUCAGAGAAUGGACCAAGGAACUCUCCUCCUACUUACGGCGUGUGAUCUCUAAUCUCCUAACCCCAAAUCUCUAAAGAGAGAGAGAGAAGAAGAAAGAACAGAGUAGCCCCCGAGACGCUUUCGUUUUGACACAUCAAGUGGUCCUUCCAUGCAGAGUUCGUGUUUCUUCCUUUGGUAGGACAUAGAGGUUCUCUUUUGUUUAUGCGUGUAUCAAUCAGUGUAUUGAGUUUGUUUGCGUGUAUGUGAUUACGUGUAUCUUCUCUUUUUGUAUUUAUAUGUCAUCUCGUUUUCGUAAUGCUUCUACGCUUCUGUACAGUUUUGCUGCAAUGAUAAUGAAGUUAUGUAGAGAGAUUCUUAUAAAAUUCGUUCUUUUUUUUAUCUAGUGAUCCAUCCACUACAUCCUUCGCUCUGCUUUCUGCUUUUUGGACAUCACAUGGGCCAUUUUCAUUUUCUAAACAUAGUGAAGUAUAUAUUAGAAACUAAAUUGAUUUGACAAUGACUACAAAAGCGUUUCUAAACUUAUCCUGAAUUAAUAAAUGACCUCUUAUCUAAAAGUUAAAAAGAAAAGGAUGGAUAAAUGGGUUUAGUUAGGAAGCUUGCAAGGCGUCAUAUAUGAUGCAUAUAGUGUUCAAUAAGGUUAGAGAGAGGGUUGCAAAGAUGCGAUAUAUGAUGCACAUUGUGUUUCAGUAGUUCUAGAGGGAGGUUAUAGAGAAGGGACCGCAGUUCAGUACGACCAUCUGAGUCCCUUCCUCUACAAUGAAUUCUAAUAAACUAAUAGGUCGGCAUGUUGUGGCCCAACAUGUGAUUUAAAGAAAUAAGGUUUACAUAUACUCAUAUGAGAUUAGGGGUGGGGGGGUGUAUUCAAUCUAAAAUUGAUGUGAUUUGAUUUUUGAAAAAAUUACAUUGUAACAUACUUUUCACUUUUCUUUUAACACUCUAACAUACUUUAUGAUGAUAGCCUUUUCUUCUGUAACAUACACGCUAGCCCCUCGGUAUCUCACGUUCUUUUUGCUGAUGAUACUCUUUUCUUCUAUAAGACGGAGCCCCGUGAAUGUGAAGAAGUUAUGAAAGUAGUCAGGACAUACGGGAAAGCAUCAAGUCAAUGCAACAAUUUUGAUAAAUCCUCUUUACUCUUUGGUAAAAGGAUUCCAGCGAACGAUCGACAGCAGAUCAAAGAUACACUUGGUAUUCAGAAUGAAGGAGGAAUGGGUUCCUACUUAGGAAUCCCAGAGGAUAUUAGUGGAUCAAAGUGUAAGCUAUUUGCUUUCUUAAAAGAAAAGUUACUACACAGAGUAAAAGGUUGGACUGGUAGAUGGCUGUCAAAAGGAGGAAAAGAAGUCUUCAUCAAAUCUAUAUUGCUAGCUCUUCCGACUUAUGUCAUGUCCAGUUUCCUACUUCUCUUGGAAAUAUGUGUAAACCUAGCAAGUGCCAUUGCACAGUUCUGGUGGAGUUCGAAUCCGCCAAAGAGAGGAAUUCACUGGGCAAAAUGGGAGAAAAUAUGUGCGCCUAGAGAGGAGGGAGGAAUUGGUUUUCGUUUGAUCCAUGAAUUCAAUCUAGCUCUUCUGGCUAAACAGCUCUGGCGGCUUGUUCAAUUUCCAGAUUCAUUAGUGGCGGGAGUUCUUCGGGGGAAGUAUUACCGUCUAAGUUCGCCUUUGCGAACUGGCGCUGUGGAUACACCAUCGUAUAUUUGGACGAGUAUUAUAGCGGCGAGGAAGCUACUACUUUUGGGUAUUAGGAGCAAGGUGCAUUCAGGAUAUGAAAUUAAUGUGUGGGAGGACCCUUGGAUUCCUUCAACGCCAGCAAGGCCAGCUCGAGCAAGAGUCCCAGUUGUAAACCCUAAAAUGACUGUCUGUAGUCUUAUUGAUUUUGAGUCAAAGAAUUAGGAUGUAGGUUUGCUGGAACAAUAUGUGGAUCAAGAAGACAUUCCAAUGAUUCGAAGCAUGGCCAUAAGUCAUACUCACCGACGGGAUACUUUUUGUUGGAGCUAUACCAAAAAUGGUCAGUAUACGGUUAAGUCUGGAUAUUGGGUUGCUACAAAUGUGAUGAGAACAGAGGAGGCUUUUGAAUUUAUACAACCCAGUAUAACUAAACUCCGAGCCUUUGCUUGGACAGUGAAUGUGCCACAAAAAAUUUGCCACCUUAUAUGGCAAUUAAUCUCUGGACAAGUAGCGGUAACAAGGAAUCUGAUACGUCGUAACAUGCGAUGUGAUAACUACUGCCCGAGAUGUGGAGAGCCAGAGGAAACUGUUACUCAUGCGAUCUUUGAAUGCCCACCAGCCCUACAAGCAUGGACAUUAUCAUCUACACCAUCGAGCUCUCAAAUCUUUCAUGUAUCAAGUGUUUACGCUAACAUGGAUUACCUAUUCUGGAGGAAGAAUAACAUAAUGAAGCCGGAAGAUGAUAAGGAUCCUUAUCCUUGGAUAAUUUGGUACAUAUGGAAAGCCAGGAAUGAUAAGUUGUUCAGAGGCAUAGAUAGAGACCCAUUGGAAUUAGUCAGGUAUGCAGAGAGUGAGUGCCAAGCUUGGCACAAUGCGAAGGAAAUUAUAUCUGCUCCUCUACAGGGACAACCUGAAGAAGAAACACAUGCCUUAGAGCAUCUCCAACCCCACUCUAUUUUUCACUCUAAAAUAGAGU